UAUUUUUGCACGUUUAGUAUCUUUUUUUUAUCGUCCGUAUCGACAUUAAAAUUAAUCAGAAAUUUAUAUUGCGGCAAAUACUCCAGUGUAUUUAAAGAAGAGAGCGUCUCAUUGUUUUAGAAAAAAACUCAUUUCCCAGGUACACUUGCAUGGUAACCAUAGCAACCUGUGUUUCCCGGUACAGAAGCAAACGGCUUUUUAAUGUGAAGUUAGCUUAAAAACAUGAGUAAAAAACAACGUCUGGGGAAGGAAUAGUUCGAUAUUUUGGGAAAUAUGCUUAUAAAUCAGUGAAAAUGCGUCACAUUGUUUUUAAAAACCUCAUUUCCCAGGUACACUUGCACAGAAACCAUAGCAACCUGGGUUUUCGGUGGCUCUUCAGUGCGAAAACUAAGCGGAAAGUUAGCUUGAUAAUAUUUUUAUGAGUAAAGAAAACAUGUCUGAGCCACAAAACUCCAGCAGUUCACCUUCAAGAAAAGAAGAACGACACUCAACACCCGACAUUUUGAUAUCUGAGAGUGAUGAAAGGUUUUUCCAGUCUCUGUACGAGUUUAUUGACUACGAGAAGCAGUACCUGCAGUGUCCGGCAGAGGGCGCGGACGAACUGCGAUACAUUAUCUACCGCUCUGCGUUUAAUAAGGUGAUUUCUCGAGCGACGGCCUAUAAGAGACUUCUGAUGACCAUUAAGGCGGAGUAUGAUGAUGUCAUCAGGGCACUGAAGCGGAGGGAGGAUGGGAUGAGGGCGGCUCAGCGAGCUCUGGCGGCCGCGACAUCACAACCGAAAUCACUAACAACCUGCCGGAGACGAGCGGCCCAGCUGAGGGAGAGAGUUUCUGUCCUUCGGAGGGAAACAGCAGAACUUCAAGAGGAGAUCAAGAGACAGAAACUAUCUAACGAGCAGCGAACAUGGAUACCUGGUUUAACGGUGGCGCAGUCUGAGGAUCCCGAGGCUCUGGACGGACAUCUGAAGCAUCUGGAGGCCCAGAAAGUGUCUCUGCUGGACAGGAAGAGUCACUGCGUCUCUCUGGAGGUCAAAGCUGAGCUGGACGCCAAGCUGCAGGCCGCCGAACGCCACAGAGACCAGAUGAACGCCGAGAACAGUCGACUGAAAGUCCUAUACCGGCGUCUGAGGUUUGUGUUUGACCGUCUGUCCAGCUGGGCGGAGCAGAAGCAGCAGGUUCCUCUGGAGGAACUCUUGGGUUCCACGCUGGAGAACAUCAGACAGACCAGCGUGACGGACGAUAACGCUCGCAGCAUCGACGCCGAGCUGUUUGAGGACGAAGAGCCGACCGGAGUUGACGAGUCUAAACUCCUGACGGAUCACCUGGACAGGUUUAUUGAGCUCUUUGAUUCGGCUCAGUAUGAGGAAGCUGCUCUCCUCGCUGCCGGAUCUCCUCGAGGAAUCCUGAGGAACCUCGACACCAUGGAGAUGUUUAAAGGUGUGAAGGGGCCCCCGGGCUCGGCCCCCCCUCUGCUCCUCUUCUUCCAGGCGUUGCUGAUCACCGCCGCGGCCGAUGACGAGCUGUCGGCUCCUCUCUCUCUGCAGGGGGUCCGCUGCGCCCUGCAGCACGAUGCCUCGCAGCUCGUCACCCACGCCGUCGCACUGAACAAACUGACCUUCUCUGAGGAGCUGGGCGACGUCCUGACUGAGCAUGCUCAGAAGAAGCCCCGUGAGGCCGACUUGUGUCUGGCGUUGGCCACCGUCGUCUACGAGGCCUGCAGGCUGGACAGGAAGACCGCACUGAGCAUGUGCAGGAGAGGCCUGAUCCACAGCGCCGCCGAGUUCAUGAACCACAGCCGGGACCUCACAGCUGAGGACUGUUUGUGGGUACUGGGUCGCUCGCCCAGUCUCUCCCUCCUCCAGCUGUUGACGGAGCCUCGGCGGGGACCGGUGGCCAUCUUGUCAGUGGGCGUGGCCUGUGUCAGUCUGCUAGCUGACCCUCAGCAGCAGCAGUUAGCUCUGCAGCUCCUGGACAGCUGCGUCAGCAGAGGACGAGAGGUUUUCGAGCAGGUGAUCCUGGAGGACAGCAGCUCUUCAGUGGACGACUGGACCGACGUGGCGUCUCUGUGCUCCGAGCUGAAUCGUUCUGACCUGAGCCGGCUCAUCAUGUCCAUCCUGCUGGACCAGAGCGGGACCAGAAUCCUGUCCCCAGACCUGCAGGGAGCCCGACUCAUGGAACACGUCUUCCUGUGAACAACUGAACCUGAAAGUCCUCCAACAGAAACAAAGAUCAGCUGCAGUGUCAGCUGUUAAUAACCUGUUUCUUCUUCUUCUGUUUGCGGCAGAAAAACACUUAAAAACACACAAGUUCUGGUAGUUGUUGUAGAAAAACUAAAGUAGCUUUAAAGGACAGAUUCACAAUUUUUCAGGCAUGUCUUAAAACAUUUAAGCAUCUGUGUUUUAGACUAAAUUAAAUCUGAAUCUGUCUGUAUGCGUCUUAUUCAUUGAAAACUAUUCAACAGUUCUGAUACAGUAUCAUAGUCAUAAUCAGACACUCUCUCUGUUAUCUGUGUGACAUUUUGACCUUUGAGCUUUGGGUGGUGUCAGUGAAAUGACUCAGGCAAAAAUGUUAAAUAGUGACAGCUGACGGCCAGCAGGUGGCGCCCAGACUCACAAACUGAAGCUUAGAUUAAAGUGGCCUUCAGUUAUGACCAGAAACAGCUUCCAGGAGUCUCAGCCUCUGUUGGUGUGAUACCAAAGCAUCAUGGGAGCUGUAGUUGUUGAAUAAAAACAAGAUAUUUAUUGAUU